AUGUUUCGUUUGUGUCGUCUCACCUUUAUUCUCGUCAUCCUUUGUGCUUCUGCUCUACUAAUACGCAGUUCUACCAUAAAAUGUUAUAGUUGUUAUAAAGAAGCAUGCCCAAAGCCAUGGAAUCCAAACAAUGUUCUACAAGUAAUAGCGACAAGUGGUUGGUGUCUUACAUUUAGUAAAGAUAAUCAAACUAGCGAGUCUAUAUAUGCUCGAAAUUGGGCACUAUCUGAUCAAUGUAAAGAAGAUAAAUGUGAAUGGCGUACAGACUCUACUGGUGAUUCAAUUUAUUUUUGUUGCUUUUUAUUGAUAUCGAUGGCUAUUUCUAUGGAAAAACGUGAAUUAGAAUAUUUCUAUUUAGUGAAUAUGCAUCAAAAUACGAUUAAUUUAAUUUAUCAAGUGGACUUAUUCAUAUUGAUAACAACGAUCAUAAUAUCGAGUAAUCAAUAUUGGAAUCAUAUGUCAUCAUUUGAUUCUGAUGAUUUAUUUCCAUUAUUUGAUGAUUUUAAUCCUCAAAAUGAAUAUGAUCUAUCUCUUAUGUUACAUGAUGAUACAAUUGAAGAUAAGACAACUUCAUCGUUGAAGACUGAUCAAUAUGAACUAGAAACACUAUCAAACAAUAAUUCAACAGAAGAAUGUCAACUGCCAAAUCUCGACUGCCGUGUUUGUGGUGCUCCAGCACUUGGCUAUAACUUUGAUCAAAUUACUUGUGAAUCAUGUAAAGCAUUUUUUCGUCGAAAUGCAUUUCGGGAUAUGGUAAUAACUAUUGAAUAA